AUCCGUCUCAUUGUUCUAUCUGUGAGGUUACUGGUGGAGGAGAGUUGAGGCGUGUCCCCGCAGCCAACUCCCUCCCUAGAAGCCUCAUUUCAUUUGUUGUUUUGUGUGGUGCUCUGCUACCGCGUAAAGUGUUCGGACGAAUUUGCUGUCAAUCUCCGACCAAACUCCACGUAUGGUAGGUUGAUUAAGGGAUCAGUAGGAGUUACCAGUGAGAUUAAACUGGGAUCUACGGCAAAUUAAUGCGAUAUCGCCAGAGUCCUCGGACUUCAUGCCAUUUUUUAGGUGCAUUUACGUUAGUUAGGUAGCUAGCUAGCCUAUCAGUUAACGCUAACAAGCCACUCAAGAAACUGAAGAUGUCCGACUCCGACAUAAUGUCUUCAACUGAAGACAGAGCCAAGGAGAUUUUGAAGGGUUUUAAACUAAACUGGAUGAACCUGCGUGAUGCUGAGACUGGGAAGGUGCUGUGGCAGGGAACAGAGGACCUGUCUCUUCCUGGGGUUGAACAUGAAGCUCGAGUCCCCAAGAAAAUCCUCAAGUGCAAAGCUGUGUCCAGAGAGCUAAAUUUCUCUUCGUCAGAAAAACUGGAAAAGUUCCAUCUUGAACAGAAGGUUUUCUUCAAAGGCCAAUGCUUAGAAGAAUGGUUCUUUGAGUUUGGCUUUGUGAUUCCCAACUCCACAAACACAUGGCAGUCUUUGAUAGAGGCAGCGCCAGAGUCUCAGAUGAUGCCUGCAAAUGUUUUAACUGGGAAUGUUGUUAUAGAGACCAAGUUCUUUGAUGACGACCUUCACGUCAGCACCUCCCGGGUACGACUUUUCUACGUCUGAAGAGGAACACUAUUUAUUUUUUCAACCCUUGAAGUGGGGAGGACCAGGCAUACACUGCUGAUUGUUGUUUUUCCAGUGGUCACAGGAGGCCAUGUUUGAAGGAGUGCAUUUGCAAUCUACAGUGACAGCAGCACAAAGAAACCAAAAUCCAACCAAGGUCACACUGGCUUCUUGUCAGACAAGACUUUUUGUAUGUAAAUAUCUAUAUAUAUAUAUAUAUGGGCAAUGACAAUGCCCAUGACAGACAACCAUGUAAAUGAUUUUAUUUGUACAUUUUUUUUCCCUUGUCAUUCCAGAAAUGUAAGCCUAAGAUGUACACUGCUCGUCACCAUGCAUUUGUAAUUUUUGCUCUGUUGAUGUGGUUGCUGAUGUUCUCAUUGUUUGGAUUUUUUUUUUAGAUGUAACUAUGUAAUAUAGACUGUUUACUACAUGAAUUAUGGAUUAAAAGAUGUCAGAAAGACAAAGCCAUA